ACGUACACAAUGUGUCUAUACAUGUGUGAAUCAUAUUGCCUAUUGGAGUAAUCCAAAAGAUAAUCCUCUGUAAUGUACUAUUGGGUCAUACACAUGUCUCACCACCAACAAGUUGUUAGCCGAUGAUUUCUCGAAUUUUAACAUCUCAACUUCACCAGUGCGCAAUAAGAUUUACACUUGUAUACAGGAAAUUAUUGUUAAAUAUGUUUUUCUAACUAUUCACUAAAGCGGAUUAUAUUCUAAACCAUGUUCGAAUAUAAUUUCGUAUAUACAAGUACUGCAUUGAUUUCCUAUAUAUAGGUAAUCGUGGAUUACUCGGAUGUUAUGCAAGGGUUGAGUUUUUGUAUUAAUUGUGGUUAGUUUUGGAUUACUCUAUAGUCCACAUAGAGUAUAUAUCUCACACGUGCAUGAACUCUCGUUUUUCGGAGAGUAUACUUGCAAUAGUAUUGAGAAUUCUACUCAGGUAGGAGUAUAUAAGAUUUACAUAUGUACAUAUAGCCGUUUGUAUGUUCACAAAUUUUAUUUGUUAGUGGUUGUUUUUAUCUAAGCUGGUAUUUUAUUAUUCGACUGGGACCAAAUGAGCUGUUUUGGCUUUUCAUGUUAAAUUCAGUUGACAGUGCUGUGUCGAAUAAGUCAGUGUCUGGGUCGAAUAUUUGCGAAAGUGAAAGAAUAUACAUAUUUAGGGAAAAAGUGGCAGAAAGUAGACAAUAAUUCCUGAGUGUAUAUAUAAUAAGACUGACACAGGCGGAAUAGUUCAGCUUAAAGUCCUCAUACCUUUACUAAUAGCAGUAUAGCGGAUAUAGCCUUCAAAAAAUUGUUAUUAACAAUAGCAUAUCUGUACUACUUGGCACCAUCUUCGGUAUCACUGCAUAAUGUUUCGUGGCCUUGCGGCAUUCAUCUUUGGAUCGAAUACUACAGAAGGUACGAAUUGCCAACGAAAUAAUUGCUCUGAAAACCUGAAGGAGCAACGAAUUAAAAUUUUGCCUGACAAGGACCCGAAAACAUGCUUCGUUGAAGAUAAAACAGCUAUUGAAGAAAGUCAGUCCACAGCAGUAACUACCGGUGGACUACAAAAAGUAAUACGCAACAAGGACAGCCGGAACAACAAGAAAAAUAAAAGUAAAAGGCAAGAAAAGUUUACCAAUGUAAAUCCAAAUUUAGAUAUUCUAACGUCAGAGUCCCAUAAAGAAUUGGAUUCCGAGGAAAACGAUUGGAUUUUUCUUGAGAAUGACGGAGAUAGAAAUUUGAACGAUAAUAACAAUACAACUUCAACACCAACUUUGGAAAUUUUAUCUGAGCUACAACCUAACCAAGAAACUUUCCCUGGUAAUGAUAUUUGUGUAGUUCGCCGUCAGAAAAAAAAUAAAAGUAAUCAAAAGAGUAAUCAUAAAAGUAGCCUUCGUCACGUAAGUCCGAGCUUUCGGGAAUGUGAUGUCGAGAAGAAAAAAGAGUCUUCUCCGUUACAUUCGUCAUCAUUGAAUUUAAGAAGCAAUUCGUUGAACAAAGACAGGUGCAAUGACGCCACCAGAUCAAUGGUAUUGUCUGAAAGUGGAGUUCAGCAAUUGUUGCGUAGAGAUUUGGGACGCAAUGUGAGUGUUGGCAGUUUCGAUGAUAAUGGCUCUAGUGCUAAACUGUUUACAAUGGUUGAUUCAUGGUAUAUGACACCUCCAUCCUGCUUUGAUUUGAACGGACCCAUUCACCUGGAAAUACCACGGCUUGAAAAUUUACUCAUUGAACACCCAAGCAUGUCAAUUUAUCGUACUAUUGGGUCAGCUCAAAAAGGCAUCGAAAGUUUUGCAAAUAUGAAUUGCGAAGUGGAUGGAAAAAAUCUUAUCGAUGCAAAUCACGUAAAUAUCACGCAAAAGAAAUUUGGGAAAGAAAAUAAAAACUCUCAAAGAGUAAGUGAAGACCGGUCUACAGGUCCACGCAUAGAUCGUCGUGAGGCUGCUCUACUAAAGAUGCAAAUAUUUGCUUUAAAUAGUCAGAAGGGUUUGGCGGUUCACGAGCGUCACAACCUUCGUCGUAGCGCUAUUUUACGUUCAAAUCAAGUACGUGAAAUUCAAAGUCGAAGCAAUCGUCAGCGGCGCAGUGAUGUACAGCACUGUCGGCUAAAUAGUGGUGCAAAUAACAAUCGUAAAUGUUAUUGAAUAAUGGAAUGAACGGAACUUGUGACAAGAGCAAUAACUGCGAAUAUUUACACUAAUCAUGAACUUUCUCCCAUAAUAAGAAUUACUCUUCAGUUAUUGUAAAACUUAUACGAAAAUUUGAAAAUAAAAAAAUGUAAGUUAUAAUAAAAAG